AUGUCCGCUCGCCUUCUGAGUUCGGCAUCAGCGAAUCCCGAAAAUGAGCAUAUUUCCUCUACCCUACUGCAGCGUGCGCGUGCGAUCGCCGCUGAACACAAGACCCUGUCGGUUGCCAACGCUGAGAACUAUUCUAUUGCCGCGGCGAAAAAACUCGGCGAGUUGGGCCCGAUUUGCGAGACCUUGAAAGAGUGGGAUCAGGCACAUAAUUCCCUCCACGAGCUCCACGGUCUCCUCGGGGACCCAUCCUCGGACGCUGAGAUCCGCAGUCUCGCACAGCAAGACAUUGAUGAGACUCUAGCUUCGAUCCCGGCACUGGCAUCCCAGCUCAAGAACUCUCUCAUCCCAGCACACCCAUUCGCGAGCAUGCCGUGCUUCAUCGAGUUCCACCCUGGUGCCGGAGGAAGCGAAGCAUCGCUGUUCGCCCAAACACUGCUGGACAUGUACCGACAGUUCUGCGGGCGCAUGGGAUGGCCAACGACGCUGGCGGCGUACCAGUCUGACGGGGCCGAGGGGGAAGCCGGGCUGUCGGAGGCGAUGCUCGAGGUCAACCACCCCGGGAGCUACGACAUCCUACGCACCGAAGCAGGUGUGCACCGGGUACAGCGCGUGCCGGCAACAGAGAAGAAGGGCCGCACACACACUUCUGCAGUCUCGAUCCUUGUGCUGCCCACGCUCCCGGCCCCCGGCGCCGACAGCGAUCUGAACUACGAAGACCCAAACUCCGACUAUUACGUGUCGAUAACGGAGGUGCGGUCAGAGACAAUGCGCGCGCGCGGCGCGGGCGGCCAGCACGUGAACAAGACCGAUUCGGCGGUGCGGCUGACGCACAUCCCCACCGGGAUCGUGGUGGCGAUGCAAGAGUCGCGGUCGCAGCAUAAAAACAGGGAGAAGGCGUGGGCCGUGCUUCGUUCGAAGUUGGCGCAGAAACGGCGCGAGGAGCGCGAGGCCAAAGUCAUCGCCGUGCGGCGCGAGGUCAUGGGCGGCGUCAACCGCUCCGGUCGCGAGGAUAAAAUCCGCACAUAUAACUUCUCGCAGAAUCGCGUGACGGAUCAUCGCAGCAUGCGUGAGACACUCGAUUUGGAUGGCGUGUUGGCUGGUGGGGAUGCUCUGGAGGAUAUUAUGGAUGGGGUCAGGGAGUGGAUGGGCGAGAACGAGAUAAAAGGCGUUCUCGCGGAGGAGGAGUUGAAGAGGAGGGAGGUGGAAAAGGAGAAGGAGCCAGAAGUGAUGAAGGGCUGA